GGCGGCGGCGGUGGAGGUGCCGGGCUAGAGCUCGGAGCCGGAGCCCCCCCGGGCCACGGUGACCAUGUCGGCUCCAUCGGAGGAAGAGGAAUACGCGCGGCUGGUGAUGGAGGCGCAGCCCGAAUGGCUGCGCGCCGAGGUGAAGCGCCUGUCGCACGAGCUGGCCGAGACCACGCGCGAGAAGAUCCAGGCGGCCGAGUACGGGCUAGCGGUGCUGGAGGAGAAGCAUCAGCUGAAGCUGCAGUUCGAGGAGCUCGAGGUGGACUACGAGGCCAUCCGCGGCGAGAUGGAGCAGCUCAAGGAGGCUUUUGGCCAGGCCCACACUAACCACAAGAAAGUAGCGGCGGAUGGUGAGAGCCGGGAGGAGAGCCUGAUCCAGGAGUCGGCAUCCAAGGAGCAGUAUUAUGUACGGAAGGUGCUAGAGCUGCAGACGGAGCUCAAGCAGCUGCGCAAUGUUCUCACCAACACCCAGUCAGAGAACGAGCGCCUAACUUCGGUGGCCCAGGAACUGAAGGAGAUCAACCAGAAUGUGGAACUCCAGCGUGGCCGUCUGCGGGAUGACAUCAAGGAGUACAAGUUCCGGGAGGCACGCCUGCUACAGGAUUACUCGGAGCUGGAGGAGGAGAACAUCAGCCUGCAGAAGCAGGUGUCAGUGCUUAGGCAGAACCAGGUGGAGUUUGAGGGCCUCAAGCAUGAAAUCAAGCGUUUGGAGGAGGAGACUGAGUACCUCAACAGCCAGCUGGAGGAUGCCAUUCGGCUCAAGGAGAUUUCGGAGCGGCAACUGGAGGAGGCUUUGGAGACGCUGAAGACAGAGCGGGAGCAGAAGAACAGCCUGCGCAAGGAGCUGUCGCACUACAUGAGCAUCAAUGACUCACUCUACACCAGCCACCUGCAAGUCUCCCUUGAUGGCCUCAAGCUCAGCGAUGAGGCCGAGGCCCUGGCCAAUGGCUUCGAGCACGGCAACCUGGCCAAGCUGCCCCUGGAUGCCAAGACGUCCACGCCCACCAAGGACAGCAGUGCCCCGCCCCCAAGCCUAGUGUCUGACCUCCUCAGUGAGCUCAACAUCUCGGAGAUUCAGAAGCUGAAGCAGCAGCUGAUGCAGAUGGAGCGGGAGAAAGUGGGGCUGGUGACCACACUGCAGGACACACAGAAGCAGCUGGAGCAGACUCGGGGGGCCCUGUCGGAGCAGCACGCAGAGGUGAGCCGCCUCACAGAGAACCUGAGUGCCCUGCGGCGCCUGCAGGCCAGCAAGGAGCGGCGCACAGCUCUGGACAGCGAGAAGGAGCGUGACAGCCAUGAGGAUGGGGACUACUAUGAGGUGGACAUUGAUGGGCCCGAAAUCCUGGCCUGUAAGUACCGUGUGGCCCUGGCUGAGGCUGGUGAGCUCCGAGAGCAGCUGAAGGCCCUGCGCAGUGAGCAUGAGGCGGGUGAAGCUCGGCACGCAGAGGAGAAGGGCCAGCAUGAGGCCGAGAGCCAGGCCCUCACUGAGAAGGUGUCUGUGCUGGAGAAGGCCGGCCAUCAGGACCGAGAGCUGCUGGCCCGGCUCCAGGCCGAGUUGAAGAAGGUGAGUGAUGCAGCGGGUGAAUCCCAGGGCAGCUUGAGUGUGGCCCAGGAUGAGCUGGCAGCCUUCAGUGAGGAGCUGGCCAGCCUCUACCAUCACGUGUGUAUGUGCAACAAUGAGACGCCCACCCGUGUGGCACUGGACUACUAUCGUGAGGGUCCCGAGGCCCAUGGGCUCCGCUUGCCCGCCCUGCCCAAGGGGCCUCCGGCUACCACCCCUUCUGUUGAGAGCGGGCCUGGGGCCAGCAGCCCCGCACCCAACCCCACGCUGCCUUCCCCGCUGAGUGACCCUCGCCGGGAGCCCAUGAACAUCUACAACCUGAUCGCCAUCAUCCGCGACCAGAUCCGCCACCUGCAGGCCGCUGUGGACCGCACCACUGAGCUGUCCCGCCAGCGCCUGGCCUCUCAGGAGCUGGGCCCGGCUGCUGACAAGGACCGGGAAGCACUCAUGGAGGAGAUCCUCAAGCUCAAGUCUCUGCUGAGCACCAAGCGGGAGCAGAUCACAACACUACGCACUGUGCUCAAGGCCAACAAGCAGACAGCUGAGGUGGCCCUUGCCAACCUGAAGAGCAAGUAUGAGAACGAGAAGGCCAUGGUGACCGAGACCAUGAUGAAGCUGCGUAACGAGCUCAAGGCACUCAAGGAGGAUGCAGCCACCUUCUCCUCAUUGCGCGCCAUGUUUGCCACCAGGUGUGACGAGUACAUCACGCAGCUGGAUGAGAUGCAGCGACAGCUGGCAGCCGCUGAGGAUGAGAAGAAGACACUCAACUCGCUACUGCGCAUGGCUAUUCAGCAGAAGCUGGCACUGACACAGCGUCUGGAGCUGCUGGAGUUGGACCACGAGCAGACCCGACGGGGACGCUCCAAGGCGCCCCCCAAGGCCAAACCCAGCCCACCCAGUCUGUAGAGUAGCUGCCAGGAGGACUCGGCCGUCGGCCCUGUCACACUGCACCCCACUCCCGUGGGCCCACGCAGAGAAAGGAAGGGCAGUCCAAAAGGUCACUUAGAAACGUGUUCGGAUAUGCCACUGCAGUUAUUGUCCAUUCCUGAGUAGCAUUCCUAAGAUUUUAAUGGGAGAGAGAAAAUAAAAAAAGCUUUAAUGUUUGAGAAUGCCCCGAGCUGCUCUUGACAGGCCUUUGUUCAUGCGCUGCGGAUCCUGCUUCUCAGCCACCAUAGGCUCUUGUAGGAAUGUGCCAGAAGUGCGCUGCACAUCUCCCCGUCCCAGACCUUCUGCUCCUCCCCACCCCCCAGCAGCCUGUGCACUUUUCAUACUUUGAUAUUACAUUUGCUUCCUUAGCUACACUCCUCGGAACAGUCACGGAUCCCGUGGUCUAUCUCCCACUAUUGAAACUCCCGUCUCAGCCUCCCGCUGUGCUGUUCUGUUCACGGCAGGGGGCAGAGCGUGACCCUAUAUAGCAGAAGGUGUCGGUGAGCGAGGUGCUUGCUAACAUGCCCUCGCAGCCUUUUUAGACUUUAUGGCAUUAUGUUUCGUAUUUGAAGUUACAGAUUUUAAAUGCCAUGUUCAUUUAAGAAAUCCAGGGUAUACCAAUUCUGGGGUUUUUCAUAUCGUAUUAUUAUUAUUAUUAUUAUUAUUAUUCUUAGGAAUAGUUCAACGUAACAAGAAGAAAACUUGACCUUUGUUAUGGUUUAAGCAGUAAUAGGCACUUGAAAAAAAAAGAUAAAUUAUUGAAUGAGUAGUAUUACCUACAAAUUCCAGAGUUUUCUGGGUUUUAGGACCAUGUGAAGCAUGACUGAUUAACAGAAUUUUAUACAACUGUACCCAGUGAAAUUCCAAAUUGGAAUUGUUUUGUUACUCUAAUGGUUGUGCCAAAUUAUGGUACAUUUAGAAAAUUCUACAGCCGUCGAUUUUUAAGAUGUUGUAUGGCAACAACUUUUUGUUAGUUAUCCAAUUUUGCCAGUAGUGCCUUCAUCAUUUGAGAGAGGUGUCCCGGCAUAGCUUAUUAUAACUCUGCUGUGGCCAGGGAAGAGAGAGUUGGCAAUAUUGAAGGCCAGCCUGGACCGGUAGGUGUGGAGGGGUCCGCGCCAUCAUACCGGAAUCUUCAUUGAAGGAAAGGAACAGCAAUUGUGCAAAAUUCUGUUAGUCAGUGAUUCUUUACCAUGAAAUCCUCGCAAAUUCAGGGGCUGAGAAAAAAAAAAGCAAGCAAAUAUAAGCUUUUGAGUGUGCUCUGGGAACCAAGUGGAUUGUGUGGGACAAGCAAAGCAAGCUGAGUGAGCACCACACCACGUUCGUGAAGAGCCAGGGCUGUACGGGGCCUGGCGCCGGCCGCCUUGCGGGGUGAGGGUUAGCCAUAGUAUUCUUUGCAAAUGUGAGACUGAGAGGUUAUAUAUAUUCUCUUGCUUGGUGUAACUAAUCACUGUUAAUUUCAGGAAACAGAAUUUGCCCAAGCUCUUCAGCAAACCAGGUCUGUGUCUGGUUCUGAUUUGCUGAGUGAGAUGUAUGAACAGUCCAAAUUGGUACUCCUGAUGAAGAGGAAAAGUAUCUUCCUGCCUUCAAAACAAAGAACAAGUUAUAAUAAUAUAAGUAGCAAGAAUAAAAGAAUUCUGUUUCCUGGAAUAAGCAUUUCUUAUUCCUAGUUGUAGGGACCCAUUACCCCCAUCACCCUUUUUUUUACCUUCUCUUACAGUGUUGAUUCAUAAAAAAAAUAAUGUUACAUUUAUGAUAACUUCAUCUGUACGGGGUAUUUAUUUGCAAUGAUGUCUGAGUACUGUAUUUUUCCCCUGUGUAUUAUCUUAGUGUCAGAAUGUUGUCUUUAUUUUAAGAUCAUAUGCAUGUCUCCUGCCAAGGAACCUAUACACAGACCCAAAUAGACAAAAAAUGCCUUCAGAUUUGAAGAAAAUGAGGCAGAACAUGGGAAAAGAAAAUGAAAAGAAAUCAGACUCAACAUGGGCCUACACAUUCUAUGUGUCUCCCAUGCCAGCACAUUGAGGAAGAGUGGAUCUGGGUAUAAGGCCAGCUUGGUAGGAUCAAUAAAUAAAAGAUAACAAAAGACAAAA